UUUAAUUUAGAUUUAUUCGGCAUCAUAAAGAAUUUACCUUUGUCGCAAAUUUAUUUUUGAAUCUAACACCUCUCACUCCCAUGAAAAAGGAAUAAACAAGCUCGUCAGCACAGUUUCUACCCCACAUCGCAAUUUAGCUUAUAUUUAAAAAUUGUUUUGGGGAGUAUCCUAAUGAACAACAACAAAUAACGACGAAAGAUAUAGCUAAUUUAUUAACUAAAGAUGUAUUUAAAUUUAUUGAUCAAUUAUUAAUUGGUGGUGUGAGUCUGAUUGAAAUAUUAAAUUUAAAAACAACAUUUUCUAAUCAUAGUAUUGAUGUAAAAAACGAAGUUACAAAAUUAUAUUUGUCUCAGAGUGAUGAUAGUAAAAAUCGAUAA